UUUAUUUAGCAGAUGUGAUAGUUCUAAAUAGAAAAGUUCAAAAAUGUUUGGACGGAAGAAGAACAAAGAUGAGCGGCGUGAGAAGAAACGUCACAAACCCGGAAUGACACAAGCGGAGAUAACUAAACUGGAAGAAGUUGGAAUAAGAAGAGGAUUUUUCAGCAAAAAAUCUGGUUCCAAAAAAGAUGAACCCAUCCAGAAACGAGACAUUUCUCGUCCACUCUCCCUUUAUGCACCUGGUGAAACCUCAUCUGAACAACCAGCACCGUCAGUUUUACAGCGCGCCACCAUAUAUGGAGAUGUGGUGCAAGCUCAGCCCCCGCGUCGUGCUUCAUCGGGCACCCCACCCUCCUCGCCCCCUAUUUCACCCCCACCCACGUUACCCCACCCUCUAACGAAACAAAACACAGAGGGUAACAUGAAAUUCCCUGUCCCCCCUUACAGAAGACGUAUAUCAGGCCAGCUCAAUGCCCAGCCAUAUGAUUCGCCAAGAAAUCCAGCUGUACCCGAUGGAUAUUCCGUUCCACGGAAAGCAGAAUUGGCAGAAGCAACUCGUCCAGUUGUAUUUGCCCCUCCUGCUGUUAAACCAAAACCUAAACCUAGAAAUCGAAGAAUUGUUACACUAAAGAAAAGGGAAGCAGGGGAUUUUGGCGUUUCUCUUCGAAGAUCCGCUGUCAUAGAAAUGAUUGACGGACAAGAAGUCACACGAACUGUGUAUUUUGCCGAACCUGGAGCAUCAAUGCAGGCAUCUGAUGCGGGAGAGGAGUCGUCCACUCGUUUGUUCCCCGGAGAUCGUUUGAUCGAGAUCGAUGGCAUCAAUGUGGAGAUCGCGACGAGGGAUGAGAUCAUUUCUCGCAUCCGGAACGCAGGGAACAGCGUGAAGCUCGUUGUUCAAGGAGACCUGGAUGCGGGGGAAGAAAAAGAUGGCGCUUACAGUAUACCAAGACCAAAGCAAGCAAGCAUGAAGAAGGCAAAACAUGUUAAGGCAAAAGAUGAUACUUCGCCAAAGCUCCCAGCUGUUAAGAAGGAAAAAGCAGAAGAAGAGAAGCCAAAGGAAGAAGGCAAAUUAAAGAGAAUUAACUCUGCAAGUGAGAUGAAGAAACCUCAAAAUAAACUGAGGACACAAUCGAGUUUAGUUGAAACACAGAAUGUUGCAGUUACUCCAAAUGAGCUGCAUGCAAGUGCUAUGUUGAAAGAGUCAAAUAAUCAACAAUCAACAAAUCAGUCAUCAACUGAAAAUCAACAAUCAACAAGUCAUUCAACACAGAAAAAUCAACAAUCAACAAAUCAGUCAUCAACUCAAAAAAUUCUACCAGUUGAACUGGCAACAAAUUCAAAGCUAUCAACAAAAUCAACAACAUCGAAAAAAACUAAAGUGCAAAAUCUAUCAACAGCUUCAAUAACAACAAUAAUGUUGACCAAAGGUUUGGAAAAAGACGAGAAAAAAGUUUCAACAGAAUCAACAUUAACUUCACCUGAAAAGUUAAAUCCUGUUGAAAAUGUUGAUAACGAAGUUGAAAUUGUUGAUUCAGGGAAACAACAGAAAGAAUCAACUUCAACAGAUGUUGCAACAAGUGAAGUUUUGAUGAGUGAAAAAUCAACAAUUGAAGAAACAACAAAUAUUGAAUCGACAACAACAACAGCAGCAGAACAACAACCUGUGUCUGUUGAAAUUGAAAAUCUUGAGAGGUCCAUUGACCAUGCUGAGACAAAUGGAGUUGACCAGAUGGUGGACGUUGAUACCUUACCUGGUGUAAUAUGGAAAACAAAGGAAAAAGUUUGGCUGAAACACCAGGACGGAAUAUCCAGUGCUCAUCUCAUUACUGCAGAUACAUCAUCUGGUGAACCAAGCCCUCCAGUGUUGCCAGAUGGAAAAUGUUGGAUCGAGCUCGAGCUUACGAAGAGGAUAGUGAUGGUUCCGGAAGAAGAUGUUGAUUUGGCGAAUGAAGCAGAAUUUGACCGAGCAGGAGACGUAGCUUCACUUCGUCAUCUAAAUGAGUCAUGUAUUCUACACACAUUAUCAUGUAGAUAUGAAGGGGGGUUGGUCCACACGUUUGCGGGACCACAUCUUAUCACAAUCGCUCAAGAUCAAAGUAAUCCGUCCAACUAUACAUCGCAGGUUAAAUCCACAUACAAGGGCAGCAGAUUUGGUGACACGCCGCCGCACGUGUACGCCAUCGUGCAACACGCGCACCAAAACAUGAUGUCUUCGAAUUCUGACCAAUGCAUCAUUAGUAUAGGGCACACGAAUGCUGGAAAAACUAAUAACAUUCGACAUAUGAUAUCUUACUAUGCUAGUAUUUCAUCUGCAACCAAUGCUCCCACUGUUGAAAAAGUAAACUGUGCUAUGGAUAUACUUUCGUCUUUUACUACGGCCACCACACACCAGUGUAAAGCUGCCACGAGGUGCGUGCAUAUAUAUAGUGUGGAUUUUGACAGAACUGGACAGAUGGCUGCACUCUCUGUACAGGCUUUGCUGUUGGAACGUAGCCGUGUGGUUUACAAAGCAGAGGACGAAACAAAUUUCCAUGUUUUUUAUCAACUCUUGUACGGUGCUGACCCACAAUUAAGGCGAGAAUUGUUUCUCCUUGAUCUGGAGCAAGCUGAAAAUCCUCUGAUCAUCUUUGAUGAGAAAUCCGAUCCCAACUUCCAGCAGAAUGCUCUCAAAGGAUUCGCUCACCUCCAGAAAGCUUUUGAGGUCCUCGGACUCUCCACGGAGGAGAGGAAGUCCGUCUUCCUCAUCUUGGCUGCUCUUCUUCAUCUUGGAAUGGCUGGAGUACAAAAAGUAAAUGGCGGCCGACACCAGUUCGCGAAAGCUGACUCAGCACAAAAAGCUGCGUCAUUACUCGGUGUUCCACCUGAGCGACUCGCAAAGGCAAUAUUCCAACCAACAUCCGGGAAGAAACAUCGCUCCAUGUCAUCCGCAUCACUUAAAAGAUCGUCUUCUUUAUCUUCACACUCACUGCAAGCAAUACCACAAAUAGAGGAUUUAAAGCAAAGUGGUGAACAACAACUCAACUCAUUCAUUACAACACUUUACAUUGAAGUUUUCAGAUCUGUUGUCUCUUAUAUCAACAGAUCACUGUCGUCAUCUCAUCGCUCCCAACACACGAUCCUACUAGUGGACACCCCAGGUUAUCAGGGGUCAUCGGGGGUCAAAGAGGGUCAACGGGGCGCUUCAUAUUCUGACCUUACAUACAACUAUGUACAAGACCGUUUACAUGCACAUUACCACAGUCAUGCUUUUACGUCUCAUAGAGACCGUUACCUGCAGGAGGAUAUAGACUGUGACAUCACAGUGCCUGAUUGUGACUUCACACACAGCAUUGAUGUGGUGGGACAGCCACCAAGUGUUGGGGGGAAGGGGUUGUUAUGGUUACUGGAUGAAGAAGCGGGGUCACAGGGGGCAAGCGAUGAAACUUUCGUUGAUCGUCUUUUGCUCCAAAACCAACAACAACCAAAACAAUUUCGUGGGAUCGUGCAGAGAUCAGAGAGGAGUGCUCACAUUCACAUCCAGCAUCAAGGAGGACUCCACAGCGUGGAAUACGAUACAACUGGGUGGUUGAAUCAUGCUCGUUAUAAUUCUACAGGUUCUACUGCAACUGCUGCUCUGCAAGAAUCUAAAAAAAAAUACAUCUCGGAAAUGUUUGGGGGUACAGCGGGUGAAAGGUUACAUGGGUCAAUAUCGGGGUUAAAACUCGACGGGGGGAAUUCAAGCAUUAAACGAAGCCCCAGUUUCAAGAAAUCCUGGAAUGUUUCAACCGGGGCAGUUGCCGUGAAGAAAUCUCUUUGUUUGCUAACAAAGUUUCAAACCGAUGGGUUAGUGGACAUGCUCCGUCGCACCCAGCCCCACUUUAUUCUUGCUGUGGCCCCGUCUGAACCCAACGAGCCCCGGGGAACCCCCAAUAUACCCCUAAUCCGUCGUCAACUUCAGGGAUUUCAACUUGUUGAUGUUGCAAGGAUGCAUAAGCAAGGUUACCCCGAGCACAUGGUGUUUUACGAAUUUCGUCGGCAUUUUGAUGUUUUGCUGCGUCAAUUAUCAGCCAACCUGCCUUCUAAUUCAACAACUGUUGCUUUGCUUGACGAUAAGGAGGCCACGGAGAAUAUAAUCAAACAAGUUGAACUUGAGAGGUCGCAAUAUCGUAUUGGAAACACUCAGGUUUUCUUCCGUUCCGGUUCACUGAACGCAAUGCAAGAUCGUCGUAACGCGAAGGUUGGUGAUGUCAUAAUAGCCUUUCAAGCUCAUUGUCGUGGUUAUCUUGCGAGGAAGAGACUUGAAAGGAAAAAGGUCCAAGUGGUCGCGGUUCGUUGCAUCCAACGCAAUGUCCGACUUUUCAUGGCGAUUCGGCAGUGGCCAUGGUGGCGGCUCCUCACCAAGGUGCUCCCUCUUGUGGAAGUGACAAGGACCGAGGAAGAGCUCCGAGAAAAAGAGGCGGAAAUUGAAAUAUUGAAAGAAAAAUAUGACAAAGUUUUGGCGGACAGAAAUGACCUGCAAGCUGCAACCACUAUGUUGGAUAAAAAGCUUUGCGACGCACUGCUCCACCUAGAGGAAGAGCAAGCAACAGCAGCCCACGCAACUGAGGUUCUCGAAGUUGAAACCAAAGAAAGAAUUAAACUUGAAAAAAUCGUUAAAGAGAGUCAGUCCAGUCACCAACAUUUACUGAAAAAAGUUGAAGAAAUGGAAGUUGAAUUAGCCGAGAAACGACUUCUAUACGCUGAUCAUACCACGCAUAUUGAUUCAGAUGAAGAAUUAGAAGAUGGCGAAUACAAGGCAAAAUAUGAACGAGCGGUCCGAGAAUUCCAAUUUGAGAUGAAAAAAAAGGUUCAGAGUUUUGAAGAUAAUGUUGAAGAAAUGGAAGCUGAUAAAAAAGCUUUGGAUAGAAAGAUAAUGCAAUUAAACGAGGAGGUUGAGGACCGAGAUCGCGUCGAUCAACAAAACCGAAAGAAAUUGCAACGGUUGAACGCACAGCUGAGCGAUACUAAGAUACAUUUGGAAGAAACGCUCGCUAAAAAUCAUGAACUUGAGAAAAAACAAAGAAAGUUUGACAGCGAACUAUAUGCGGUACAAGCUGAUGUCACCGCACUUAAAACUUCACGGGAUCGAAUUCAGAGAGAAAAAGAUAAAAUAUUACUUGAGAAUAAUUCACUAGAGAAGGAAUUAGAUGAGAAGAACGAUGAUGUAGACAAUCUUCGUGAUAAAAUCAAACGACUUGAAAAUGAUCUUGAAGAUAAUAAUUCACGUGAUUCUGAUGAUAGACAACUUGUGAACGGUCUCCGUAAGAAGAUCCGGGAGCUUGAAGGGAAGAUGCAGGAGCAGGAAGAGGAGCUUGAGGAGCAAGCAAGCACCAUCCACACAUUGGAGCAAACCAAGGAGAGGUUGGAGAUGUCCUCGGAGCAAGCUCGCAACCAACGACAACGAGAGGUCGAGGGAAAAGAUGAAGAGAUGGAGGAAAUGAGGACUUCCUAUCAGAAGAGGAUCAAAAAUGUUGAGAUGCAGUUGGAGGAAGCGGAAGAGGAGAGAGCUGCAACAUCCAAGCAGCGUCGGGACCUCGAGAUGGAGGUUGAGGAGCUUCGGAGGAGCACCAACAUCGGACACGAUGUGGAACUUGAAAAACGGCUCCGGAAAGAUCUUAAAAGGUACAAAGCACUUCUCGCCGAUGCGCAGACUAUGAUUGAUCAUUUGAAAGUUGACGCUGUCAGUAAACAACAGACCAGGCAACUGAAGGCACAGUUAGAGGACUCCCAAUAUGCGUGUGCUGCUGCUGUUAAGUCAAGGAAAGCAAUUGAACUUGAGCAGGAGGAUUUACAAGCUCAACUUGAAGAGAUUUCAAAAGGAAAACAAGAUGCCGAGUCCAGAACGAGCAUCCUGAAGAGAGAAGUCCACGAACUUCGCUCCAAGAUCGAGGAGGAUGAAGAAGACAACCAGGAAACUCUCCGGAAAUAUAAAUCUCUCGUCUCCCAGCAAACGGAGGAUCGGAGAUUGCUCGUGGAGGCGCAAGGAACAAUCGAAGAGCUUAAGCAAGAUAAAGCAGCAAACGAAGACAAGAUUGUUGCACUGCAGAGUCAAAUUGAAUUUAUGGAAGGCAGCACUGUUGAUAAUGCAACUGCUUCUAGGUUGGAAGCCAAGGCUAAAGAUUUUGAAACAAAAUUGGAAUUUCAGAAAACAACCUGUAGACGACUGGAGGUCCAACUUUCGAGAGCAAAAGAGAACCUGGACAAAAUAACAGCAGAACGAGACGCACAUAUUGCUUCGGAACAUCGGGAAAAAGAGGCAAUGAAGCGUGUACAACGACAACUACGGGAAUCAAAAACUGAACAAGGAGAAUUAUUGAAGCGUGAACAAGAUGCUUUGCAGAAGAAACAUGAUUUGGAAAUGGAGUUAUCUGACCAUCAGAACCAAAUUGAAAGUCUGCAAGCUGAUCUGAAACUCGCGUUUAAAAGAAUCAGCAAUUUGCAGAUUGCAUUUGAGGAGCUUGAUGAAUCAGAUAUGGGUGAGGAGAGUAUGUCCUCGUCAGAUGAAGAGGACCUCAGGACAUCCAGGACUAGUUGGAGGAGCAGAACCGCAUCCGCAAGACCGAGGACCUCAAGUAGUGUCCUCUCCUCUAGAAAUGAGGACGAGAGCAAGUUCUCAGACAGCAGUGUUUCCACCGUGCAAAGUUUCCGAACUUCCUCGGCCGGCAACACUGAGCCAGAAAAGCUGAUUGUCACGGAAACACUGGAAGACUGCGUGUCCGAGUACGCCCGAAAACUCGCCACCAGUGUUGCCUCGAAACGAAGCCGCCGUAAAAAGCUAUCCAGCCGAGCGUCAAGUGCGUCGCAGAGCACAAACAUCUCCACGGAAACGCCUAAAGAGGGAAUGGACCGGAUCAGCAAGAGCUUGGCGGACGAGGACCCUUCUAUGAUCCUCUACGGGAAGCCGAGCAACAUCGCAAUGAAUCUCGGACUCGGAAAAGCGAAAUCCUUCCAGGACCUCAACGAGAGCCUCCGGGCCGUGAAGCUCCGUCAAAAUCUUCCAGAGGGAAGACGAGAGCAGCUCCAGGUGGAUGACAAGAUCAAGAGCGAUAUUAGGAGGAUGAAAACCAAGAGGAUGCUCCCAGAUCGUUGCUCCAGCGCCAUCGACUUCAUGGAGGAUAGUGAGGAGGAAGAGGAAGACUCUCAUCAUGAUCCUCCGACAAAAUGCCGGACUUCUUUCUCAGACGUGGAUGAAAUUUUCUAUGAGCAGAAUCAUUUUCAGCAGAAGAAGAAACCAAUCAGAUCCAGGAGCCGAACCUCUUUCCAACAUCCAGGAGGACACAAAGAAAAAGUAAACACGCCAGUAAAAAAUCUACAAAAAACUAACCCACCCGUAAAAACGGCCCAAAAACCGUUUAAAUCUCGCUUUUUAUCGAAAGUCCGAAACCAAUCGAUAAAUCAGAGAAACCAAGAAGAAGAAUAUUCUGAUGAAGAUUUUGAUGAGGAAAUCUCACAAUUUACGUCCAAAAAGCCGCCUUUAUUUUCUAACAGAGACCAUUAUGAUGACUAUGAUUCAGACGAGAGCGUGUCGAGCAUAAAACGAGGGCAUGGGUUCUCUGAAAUGGAUGAUUACGACGACGCAAUUAGCUGCGACGAUAGUUAUAUGGAUGAUGAUGUUAGUUUAGCGAGAUAUGGGGUUGUUCAAAGCCCCACUAGUAUGGUCAGCGGAGGGAGCUAUGGAGACGAGAUAAAAUCGACCAAUCAGAAAGCUCGGAAAAUUCAACAAAGGCCUACGUCGCGUAUGAAUGCACAAAAUUCACGAGCGUUGGAGCGGAAACAGAAUUCAGCAAAUCAGCGUUCAAUGAGCCGUAACGGGAGAGCAGCGAACCGUGACCAGAAUUCAGUUAUGCGUGAAGCACGUGCAGUGAACCGAAACCGCUGUGCAUCGGAGCGUGAAGAUUACUCAAAUCCACAAGCAGUGAACCGUAUCGCUCGUUCGUCCAGCCGGAACAGCCGAGCGGUGGUAAGUCAAGCGAGGUCACUCAGUCGAAACGGAAGAGCGAUGAGCCGUAACGAAGCUUCGAGACAAACUCGUUCGAUGUCAACAAACAGAAUUCAACAACAACAAUAUGAGGAAGAAGAUUUUGAUGAUGAUGAAAAUGAAGAAAUUUAUGAAGAUGGUGGAGACAUCAACUUAGACAGCAUUAUCAGCAAGUAUUUGUACAGAAAAUAGAAAAAGAUCGUCAUUUUCGGAAGAUGACUCAGCGUUUAGAGGCUCGAUGCUUAGUCAUUCUGAAGAAUAUACAUGAUUUUUAUGAUCUUUUAAUAAUUUUUCCAUUGUUUUGGUCAGCCAGCAUAAUUCAACUUGAUUCUAGUGCUGUUUGUACAAUCAUACGCUAUAUAUUUAUCGCUAGAAAACUUUCUAUACCUGUUUUAUGUAUCUCUGCUUGGUGACUUAUUUUACGAAUACACCGUAAUUGCUCGCA